AUGUCUCAAUUCAAAAGAUUUAUUAACAAUAAACUAUCAUACUGUUUCGUCUAUACUAUUGGUAUAUGCAUUGCUAUUUCUUUGGCGACAACAAUUGCACUAUUAAUAUGGUAUCUUCUUACACCUGCGUAUGUGAAUUAUAAUAUCAAUCAAACAAAUUUUAUUUGUCCACCAAAUCCAUGUUCAUCAACAACUAGAACAACUACAAGUUCUAUAUCAAGUACAUUGUUCGAUUCGUUAAUAGCCAGUUCGAUGUCGACUACAUCAAUAAGUACCAUGCAAACAUCAAUAUCGACUAUAACAAGUUCAUCAACGAAACCGAAUAUAAGCACAAAACGUACAUAUAAAGAAUCAUGUGAUCAAUUAUACGAUUGUUAUAUUGAAUAUGGAUUAUUAUGUGAAUAUGGAUGGAAUGAAAAUAAAAGUUGUCUAUGUGAAGGAUCUCAUUAUUGGUCAGUUCAACAAAAUAAAUGCCUUCGUAAAGGUGAAAUUAAUGAUUCAUGUGAUAUUGACCAUCAAUGUCAUCGAGAAAUUGGUCUUGUAUGUGAUAAACCACCUGGUCAAACAACUGUUCAUCGUAUUGUCGAUUGUAUUAAUGAGAAUUAUGCAACAACAUGUCUCGUUCUUGGUACUAAUAAUAUCUAUCAUAUGGUUACAGUGAGAUCAAUUAGUGAAAAAGAACUUUCAUUUGAUUGGUUUCUUAUCGAUAAUCGAAUUUUAGAAGAAUUACCACAACUUAGUUGUACUUUCAAUAAUGACACAAAAUACUGUUUUGGUUUAAGUGCUCAAGACUCUCAACAUUCUCUUAAACUUGCACAAUUUACACGAAAAGGAUUUCAUAGUAUAGAAAAUAUAGGUGGUACUAAUCGAGGUAUUGCAUUUGGUUUAACUAAUAUAAAUAAUGUUUCUGUAUAUGUUCGUAAUUCUCAAAAUAUACUUUAUCGUCGAAUAAUUGUUGAUGAUGAAAUAUUAUCAGCACAUAAUAUUGCAUUAUCAUUAUCCGGUGAUCCAAUGUGUUAUAUUUAUGAAGUAUUGAUUAGUCGAGAAAUUUAUUGUUUUGCUCGAAAUUCAGUAUAUGGUCUUACAGAAUAUGUUGAAUUAUCAAAAGAUACAUGGCGAACUACACAAUUAGGUAUUCCAACUGAUCGAAUACGUGAUGAAAUAGCACCUGUUUGUAGUUAUGUUGGACAAAUACAUCGAUAUUGUUUUGCUAUAUUUGAAAAUGGACAAAUUUAUCGAAUUAUUUCGAAAUCAGGUGUAUGGAGUACAUGGCAAUCUAUUGGUCGAGAACGACAAUAUCAAUUUAUUAGUCAACCUGCUUUUAUAAUAUCGAAACCAUUAAAUCAAUCAAGUUCUGAUCAAACAUGUUAUCUAUUAGCAAUUGAUACAAAUAAUAAUUUACAAUUAUCGACAAAUUUAAAUUGUGCUCUUGUAGAUAAUUUUAGUGAAUGGAUAUCAAUAUCAACUAAUUUGAAAUUUAAACAAUUUGAUAAAACAUUUCGAUUACGUGAUGGUAAUAUUGGUGUAUUAGGUAUUGAUAGUCAAAAUCGACCUUAUUAUAUAUAUCUUGAUCCAAAAACUAAUCGUUUUACAUCACCACGUCCAGCAUUUACAGUGAAAUCAGUACAAUUUCGUCCUUAA